CGCGCUUUCUGUGUUAGUAUGCACCUGCUUUGUGUUGCUCCCACAUCUCUAGACCUUCCUUUCGUCCCCACGACGACGUCCUGGGCUUCUCGACUAUGUUAUUUCGUAUUCCUAUGUAACCCUCUUUCCUAUUUUUGAACGUGCCAGUCCUGCAGAGCGGCAAAGCCUCCAAAAUGCGAACGUCACGCUCCCCGCGCCGAAAACGAACAGACAGGCUCAGCGUUAGCAUCGUCCCAGAGCAGUCUCUCGACACAGAGUUCCACUCUCCGCAUCUUAAUUUCCUCUUUGGCGACACAACGGAAACGGAGUAUUUCUCGCGGCUUGUAAGCGAUGUCGAAUUGAAUGAUCCCGAUAUCAAGCCAGAGAUCGCGAAAGUUCAGGACGCUAUAAUGGCGGAGGUCGCAGAAUGUCUGGAACUAAGUGCGUGCGAUGAGUUCUGGUCGACUCGCACGCAGCCGCCUUUCCAGAGUAGCCGUGCAGCUCGCGAAGGCUCACCAUCCCGCAAGUGCCGCUGGUUCCGAGGACGCGGCCUUCGAUAUAUUCCUCCAUUUCAUCGCCUUACAAUUGCUCGCCUCCUGCUAUACUCUCUUACCAGCAUCAAGCGCAGAAGGUGUCCCUCUCUUGCAGCAAAGGAAAGGCUCGAGGCUUGUGACGGCCCUGCGGUUACAUUCAUAUCGUCGGUUCUCUCCUGCAGCCGGGUACCAUGCCAGAGAACCCUCCGAGACAUUGGCGUGGCCCGGCCUCUAUUCAGGACCAUCCUUGGAGGAUCAAGCGGCCGAGAUCGCCACCCGGCAGCGGAGGCUUAAGAGGCGGAGCCUUGAAGUACUUCAGAACUUGCCAUUCCCACGUCAAGCUGAACUAGCGACGGACGCGAGUCAAUGGAGCGACGGGCCAGCAGAUCGUUGCAACGACGGGAGGGUUUCGCGAGGGAGCGUAGCAUCGAGCUCCUCAUCCGACGAAGGGCUAAUCUCUAGAUUGAUCUGCCAACCCUCUGCCUCCAAAGAACCAGGACGCAAGACCCACUUUCUCUUCCUCCAUCAUUUCCGUGGCAAAGAGAAAUCGCACGCCCAGCAACGCGACAAAGCGAAAUCGCCUGCUGCUCGCCCGCGCCCAACCCCCUUGCAACGACUCACCUCGCACGCUGUCUUCAAAAUGCCUUCCUCGCUCCGGCUCCGGCACACCCAAUCGGCCCCUCGAACGCCUUCCAGCGGUGCAACACCAGAGCCGACAAUGCGCAACACUCGACGCAACAGCUCGAACCCCACAAUUGGCAAUGCGAUGAGUUAUAAUUUCGAGAUACCUGAGAUCCGACGUUUAUCUGCCUCAACCGCUGCUGGCAACAGUCAGGCCUUAGUUCAUGUCUGUGGAAAAGGAAAUUUGAUUGCGUCGGAAGAAUAUCUUCUUGACUCUCGACUGAGAUCCUUGGAUCCGGACAGGAUGAUACUCACAGGGCAACUAUCGCUUCAUGGAGUUGAGCCUCCAACCGGAGUAUCGCCCCUCGACUCUACGGAAACGCUUAUACCUAGUGUAAGAGCUCGUCGAAGCGAUUGCUUCGCGACGGCGCUCCCCGCGAUGGAAGAGGAGAAGGAAGGAAACACAGAGGGUUCAACAGCUCGGACGACAGUAUUGACAACGAGCGCAAGCGCGGGUGUGUGGUGGGCGAGGCGGUCGAAAGUGCUGUAGAGUUCGCCCAGAGGUUCCAGAGACAACAAGAUGAUGCUGAGGAUGCUGAACACGAGGGUGAUGCGGGCAGUGUGGAAUGAUGUGGUAGCUCGAUACCUGCUUUAUCACUAUUUGAAGGGUGCACCUUUCAAGCCUUUAGGCGCAUUCUACAUGUUAUCUUGGACUCCUCUUGCACGAAGCUGCAAUUGCCUAACCAUGACGCCUAGGUAUCAGAAGAGUAGUCGAGCAUCAUUCAAACUUGAUACCGGAUUGACAUUAAUCAAGCUUUGCCAAGGGAGAUAUAUUAAUGAAGCGCACGCCGAGUUGAUGUUAACGCUCUCGCGAUGGUCGCGUCCUGUUCAUAAC